AAAUGUUAAUAAACAUGAUGUAACUAAGGCUUAAUUCAUGCUAACGGGCCGCAGGUCUGAAAACGGUUCUGAUGGCGACUGACUGGACCUGUUUAGGUUCUGUGAAGCGAGAGACAAGAGUGGUGUGUUCUGGGAAGGCUCUAAUCCGCGCUAAUCUGAUCCAGGAACAGUUGUUACAUAAACCUGAUCUCAGUGACCCUGAACGCAGCGCACAGAUCACCUGAACUCACCUGAACUCACCUGAACAGUUCUGAGUGUGUGGGGCGAAGCAGCAAUCGGACCGGAACCCGACACAUCCAGCUUUGAUAACGGAUCAGGUCAGAGAACCUGGAGGGCAGAACGGGUCCAGCAUGCGGUUCUGACAGUAAAAGAGUCUGAUCCGAUAUGACGGAUGAAGUUCUGGUCCAGGUCCAGUUGUGUGCCGGGCUCAGUGGGGGGGGGGGGGGGGGAUUAGCCUGCAGGUAUUUAAGCGCUGGCCCAGACGGAGGGAGUCGCAUCAUGCAGCAGAUCUACACACACCGGGACGAGCAGCUGGAGGUUUUCACCACCGUCUUCUCUCCGCAGGUGUGCAGGACAAGAUGGAGACAUGCGGAGGCAGAGAAGCAGGUGGUGGUGGUGACCAGCCAGUACCGGUCUCGCCGACCCAAGGAGCUGGACCUGGAACAGGGAGAGCUGAUCCAGGUUCUGUUUAAGGAGGACGGGUUCUGGUGGUUCGGGCGACUGGCGAAUGGAAGCGAGGGUUACUUCCCAUCGGCCUGUGUAGAGCUGCUGCAGGACAGCGAGGCGUCCAGGGCCACGCCCACACUGCUGAGGAGGGGCUCUGUGCCGGCCAUGGCUCAGACUCGAGGCGCCCCCUGUGGCUGCACCAGCGGUCACAGCACCCCAAGACUGCUGAGGAAGAACAGCGUCCAGCGGCCCUCAGAAUCCAGGGCGUCUGGGUCGUCACAAGCUCCUCUGCGCCCCCCCAGCCUCUUCUGCAGAGUGCUGACAAAGUCCAGGAGGAAGAGCUGCCCCCUCCUGCCCCAGCCCCACCUGGACACUAGCUCCGAAAACACCGCCUUCCAGCCGGAUUAGAUGACCCACAGUCCCAGAAACGCUCAGAUUUUAGUUUCUUUUCCUUUGAAUAU